CCGGAUGAGCUGCACAUUGAGCCCCAGGCACAGAGAAGCAGAUUAAUGAUUUAUCAGCCGCUCUCUACUCCCUGUACUACUCCCUGUGACUCCCUGCACUACUCCCUGUGACUCCAAUGCAACCAAACUCCUCGUCUCCCUGGGCCUUCCCAGCCACAUGACAGCGUGUCACUGCCCCAGAGCAUGCUGGGAGUUGGCAUGUAAAUACAAGCUGAGCUGCCAUGGAGCCUUCCCUGGGACUUGGGGAGACACUCGGCCACUUCACUGGCUGCGCUUAGGGCCACACUGUCAGCUCCUCUCCCGGGUGACUCUGAUACCAGUGCCCCCCCCCCAGCACAUGAUACAGUUCAGCCCAAGUGAUUCAUGAGCUUACAAUUAGUCUGAAACUGGGGGAAAAGUAGUGAAACAAAAUGGCGUUACACAGUGGCAAGAUGGAAGCGUUAAUCUGCUGGGUGAACAGUCUGAAGGUGGAUGAACCAGUCGAGAGAUUCUCACAGCUGCAGGAUCUGAACAUUUUGCUGAAAGUUGUCGGCGUAUUAUCUGGGAACUUGGAGGAAACGACUUCAGUCCUACAGCAGAAUCCGGAGCAGCGGCUCAACUUCCUGGGAUCCUUUUUACAAAAGUAUUGCCGGCCUGGCUCCUCAGCUGAAAACUUGGUACAAUGGCAGAAGAUUCUGCAGGGGGAAAACCUGGAAUUGGAAUUCUCAAAGGUUAUCGUCCUUCUCUUCUAUUACUCAACCAUGAGUUCCAAAAACCCAAAGAAAUCUGAGGAUUUUGAUCAUAAAACUCAGACAGAGCUGGCCUCCAUCUUGCGCUUUGUACUGGAUAAUGAAGAGUCUCUCUGUCUAGAUGACAAACUUAUAAACUUCUUGCAGCGCAAAGCACGUUUUCCAUCUUCAGGCGACGAUGCGUCCGGUUCCUCCGAUGCCAUGUCUCCUUAUAUGUCCCACAGGCGGAAAACUGAAGUGCGCUUUCUGGAGCUGCAUCGCGUGGCUUCCUCCUCUACUAUAAAAAGUUUACCAGCAGACGCCCCAUCUUCCCCAAUGAUUGAAGUACUGCACACCCCUCAGUUCCAGAUGAGGCGCCUGAAGAAGCAGUUGAGUGAAGUGCGGGAAUGCAGAGAUGAACUAGAGGUAGAGCUGGCACAGAACCACAAACACCUGGCAGAGAAAGAGGCUCAGAUUUCCCUCCUACAGCAGCAGAUUGAACACCUUCGUAUCUUAAGGGAGAACCAGGCUGAGCUGCAGGAACCCAAAGAGCUGGAGGAACUUCGGGAGAAGAACGAGAGCCUGAUGAUGAGACUCCGGGACACACUUAAGCAGUGUCAGGAUAUGAAGACUGACAAGAAACAACUGGAACGCAAGAAUGAUCAGUGGGCCGAAGAAAAUGGCGAGCUCACUUACAAGGUGCGUGACCUGUCUAACCGCUUGGCACAACUGCAGGAGGCUCUCUAUGAAACCACUGAGGAGCAUGAGCGUUCUCUGAGCAACUGGCAGCAGAAACAGAACCAGUUAGAAAGUGAGCUGAGUGGUGCUGUUGGUGAAAAGAAAUAUUUGGAGGAGCAUGAUUUAAUACUGCAGGGAAAAAUCUCAAUGCUUGAGGAUCAGCUAAAGAAGAUGGGAGAGAGAGAGGUGCAAGAGACAGGGGACUGUAUGGGUGACAUUCUCAAGCUGGACGACUUGAAACAAGAGGUAGCUGUGCACAGCACACAAUGUCUCAGUCUAAAGGAACAGAUCCGUCAACUGGAAGAGGAAAAGAGCAUUGCAGAAGUUGAAAUGGAGGCACAGAGGUCCAGAUUUGAAUCUGAGAAAGCUCAGCUACAGGAGAUAGUCACUAACCUGCAGACCUCAUUGUCAGAAAUCACAUUUCAGAAGGAGAGGCUAGAUAAUGAGGCCAGAGCACAGCAGGAACAUCUGAUGUGUCAGAUGACAACUUUAAAACUGGAGAUAUCCAAGAUAAAGUCUUCCCUGAUGCAUAAGGAUAAAGAGCUGAAGGACAUUCACCAUAAAGUGGAAGAAGAGAGAAGUGAAAAAAAUCAGCUCUUGGAAAACCUCAAAAUGCUUGAAGAAUCUUCAAAGAAGGACAGGCAGGAGCUUAUUCACCAAGUGGAGCAUCUUGAUAGCUCUUUGAAGGUUUCUGAGGGCAAUCUGGUUGGAAUUACACAACAGCUAGAGAGCAAGACUAAAGAAGCUGACUAUUUAAGAGAAGAACAGCAAAAAAUAAUUUGUGAAAGAGAUUCCUCUCUGUCAACACUCAAUGAGUACAAGUGCAAAAAAGAUGAAGAGUUCAUUGCCUUAAAUGGGACCUUGAGAACAAUGGAACAAGAUCACCAAACUAGCCUUUCUGUUAUAGAAGAGCUGAAAAGGGAAAAGGCAGAGUUGGCAUCCAAGGUACAGGAACUGGAUGCAACCAUUCUAGAUCUUAUUGCUAAAUGCCAGAAUUUGGAUAGUGAGAAUGAUUCACAGAGCAAAUCCCAUGCAAUCACUGUAGAGUCUCUAAAGGCACAGCUUUCAGAGCAGGAGAGUCAAGUAAAAAUAUAUCAGAAGAAGUUGUCUUCCAAUGAGUUGGUAUCUAAAGAAAAUUCACAGCUUAAAGAACAGCUCCUUUCUAUGGAAGAAAGUGUGAGGAAUCUUUCGGAACAUCUGGACAAAGAGAAAAUGAAGUUUGCUGCCUCUCUUGAUGGUGACAGUAAAAGAAUUUCCCACCUUGAGGAGGAAAUGAAGAAGUUGACUGAAAGCCGAGAUGCAGCACUGCGUAACCUUGAUGAAGAAAGGACCGCUGGAAAGAAAAUUGAAUCUCAGCUCAAGAACUUAGAGGAGGAGUACCACAGAUCAAAUGAAAGCCAACAUGCACAACUGGCAGAAUCUUGUGCUGCUAUUAAACAGCGGGAAGAAGAGCGUGAUGAGUUGUCCAAAGUAGUUGAUAUCUGGAAGGCCAAAUAUGGAGAGUCUCAGCAGAAGAUCGCCCAGAAUUCCUGCCACAUGCAGGAACAAAUUGAAGAGCUGAAAAAGACUCAUUCUGAUGUUUAUCAGCAACUGGAGGGAGAGAGGAGCAAAGUCUUGAUGAUAGAAGCCAAGGCAAGUGAAACCAAGUCUUCUCAACUGGAGAAGAUAAAUCAGUUAGAGGGUGAACUGUCUGCAGCCAACGCCUGUAUCAAAGAGAGAGAAGCUGAAGAAAAGAAGCUUGUGUCUGCUCUCCACUCUGCAGAAGAAAAACUCAAGAUUGCUUAUCAAGGGGAAAGUGAGCGUCUUUCCCACCUCGAAACAGCCUUAAGCAAUGCAAAGCAAGACCUGGAUUGUCUAGCCAAAGAACUGUCUGAUGAGAAGUAUAAGAAAGCAGAAUUUGAAGCCAUGGUAAAAGUGUUAAAAGAGCAAAAUUCUGAAAGAAUAGCAUCCCUCGAAUCUGAAUUGAAAAACAGUUUAGCUGUGGUCAAAGAGCGAAAAUGUGAAUCUGAAAAGCUUUCUGGAGAGGUGGAGCAUCUGAAAAGGCAACUAGAUGAUUCCAGUCAGAAGCAUAAGGAAGCACUAGCUCAGAAAAAUAUUGAAAUCAAACAGCUGAUUGAUGCAAAAGAAAAAGCCACAUCGGACUUGGCUAUUAAAUCUGAGAUGGGCGCUCAGCUACAGAAAGCAGUGGAUACACACAAAAGCGAAUUCAGUGCCUUGCAAAAUGAGCUGUCUCGUUCUCUUGAUUUCAUUGCUCUAAAGGAAGGGGAAGUAGAAAGACUUAAUAAAGAGGCUGCCCUAAGACAAGAGGAAAUACAGCAGCAGCAACAAACCAUGACUAAGCUCACUGAAGAGCUAACGGCAUUGGCUGCACUUAAAGAGAAGGUCGCCCUGCAGGAAAAGGAGAUCAAGCAACAAGUCCAGGCCACUAAAGGUGCUGAAGAAGAGAUGGCUAACCUGAAAUCUAUCAUUUCUGAAAAAUCUAAAAGGAUUGAAUGUUUGGAACAAGACAUUAAGAACCAGAAGACAGACCUUUCUAGCAUUCAAGAACAGUAUCAAAGCAAACUUAGUGAGGCCCAAGGGCAUCAAGCUUUAAUUGCAGAUCUGGAAAAGAAGUGCAAAGAGCAGAAGGAACUGAUCUGUGAAGCCCAAAAUAAGGCUGCUGAGGCAAAAACCCUGGCCUCCGAAAAGGCUUCAAUGUCUGAGAAACAGUUAAAAGGAAUCCAAACUCUGGAAAAUGAGAUCCAAAAAGAGAGACAAAAGACGUGCGACCUUCAGAAGCAGCUGGAGGUUUCUCAGGCACUGCAAGCAGAAAAGGAAACUGAGCUUGAAGCGCUGAAGAAAGAGUUGUUUCAUAAAGUUCAAGAACUGGAACAGAGUCAGAAAUCUUUUACUGACUCAAAUCGAGAGCUUUCCUCUAUGCUUUCUGAGGUUCAGGAGAGGCAGCAAGCCUUAACAGAGGCUAAGGAACAAGCAGAACAGUACCAGAAGGUGAUUGACAUGAAGAAUAAAGAGGUAAACAGCCUGCAAGCAGAAAUAAAUAUCUUGAGUUCUAAAGUGACUUCCAAAGAAGAAGUGUCUGCAGACUUUGAACAACGGCUAUUGCAGGAAACCAGUAAAAGUGCAAAGCUAGAAGAGAAGCUGAAAAAACUCCACACAGAAGUAGAGGUAUCUUCUAAAGAACUGGUUGAAAAGAAUUGUGCGGUGGAUAUUUUAAGGACGGAAGCCCAAACCUUCAAAGGAGAAGCAGACGAGCAACGAAUGGCAGUUGACUGCCUUCAGCAGAAGCUCUCCUCCCAGGCAGAAACAAACAAUAAUUUGCAACAGGAAAUUCAGUCCUGGCAGAAGAACUGUGCUGAGAAGGAGCAGAAAAUCUGUUCUCUCCAACAAAAUCUCAACAGCAAUCAAAGUCUGUUGGAGGAAUUUGCAUCCCUAAAACGCAGUUACCAGGAAAUCCUUGCAGAACGGGGUUUGAUGCAACAAAAGCACCAGGAGGAACUUCUGAGCCAUAAAAAUCUAACUGAGAGGUUUCAGGCUGAACUGGAAAAGACCAAGGAGGACAUGGCAGAAAUUGUUUUACUUAAGGAGAAACUUAACAACCAAGAGCUUCAGUUGCAUAAAUUGCAAUCGGAGAACAGCGAUCAGUCAUCCCAAAUAUCCAAUCUUCAGCAGGUUAACAGUCGGCUUCUUGGUGAGAACCAGAGUUUGUCUCAAAUUUCUGAUCAGGAUGCAAAGAAACUGUCAAUUGAGAUGUCCACCCUCAAGGAGCAGCAUGAGGAGGAGAUGAAGACUCUCCGGCUGCAGUACGAGAAGACUCAAAGAGAAGGUAACGAGCAAGUACAAGAUCUCAGCCUUAGACUGGAAACUGCUACCAGCAAAUAUGACCACGUGAAGAGCAAGGUUUUGAAGGAUCAGAAAACAUUCCAGGAAGAAAAGCAGAUGCUCCUUCUUCGGGUGGAAGAGCUGGCGGCAGCAAAGAAAGAACAAAGUGAGCAGGUAACGCACGUGCAGGAGCUGAACAAGCAACUGAGGCAGCAGGAGAAGACCUUACAGAGCCAGCAGCAGAAGCUGAAGCAGCGGGAAGGUGAGACUCAUGAAGAGGCUGAGAAGACCCAUAAGAGAGUGAUUGAGUUAGAGUCCCAGCUGGAGCAGCAGACUCAGGCUGUGGAACAUUACAAAGCUCAGAUGGAGAAAGCUAAGGUGCAUUAUGAUGCCAAGAAGAAGCAGAACCAGGAGCUGAGCGAUGAGCUGCAGAGCCACAUUAGAGAGCAGGAACAUCUACGCAAGGAGAAUGCAGAUCUCAAGGCAGAGUCUGAGCAACUCAGUAAGGAGCUACAGCAUUCGCUGCUCCAGAGCAAAGAGGCGGAGCAAAACUGCAAGAACCUGUCUAAUCGAGUCAGGAGUUUGGAGGCCCAGGUGGAGUAUUCCGACCGGCAGCUGCAAGACCUUGGGAAGUUCCAGUUGGCCACAGAUUCCACGAAGCGUCGGGACACUUUCUGUGUCCCACGUGAGACAAGGAGCCAUGCAGAUGUCAGUAUAGACAGCCUGGACUUGAGCUUCGAGGAGGACCAGCUUCUGAACUCAACAAGUAAAAAUGGCCGCUGCAACCAGGAACCUGCCACAUCAUCAGUCCAUGCCAGCAGUCUGGACUCCCCUGCCUCAAGCCAACUCCCCAAAAAGGUUGAGUCUCUGGAAAGCCUCUACUUCACACCCAUCCCCACCCGGGCACAGUCCAAACUGGAGAGUAGCAUUGGUUCCAUUGGGGAUCUGUCCUUAGACUCCAGCAAAAAGACACGGUCUGCAAGGAGACGGACCACCCAGAUCAUCAACAUCACAAUGACCAAGAAAACAAAGGAGGAACGAGAACCAGAGAGUGCCAACACAUCAUUCUACAGCCUGCGCUCUGCUCCGUCCUAUCAGAAUCUACACCAGCAGAACCCCAGGAAAGCUGCGCGUCCCCAGGCAGCUAUUUCUACCCCAGCACUGGCCAGUCUCCCAUCCCAGGAGUCCCUGGCUAAGACAGAACACUUCUCCUCUGAUGACAGCUUGAAUAACUCUGUUUUAAUGAACUUGCCUGGUUACCGGGCCCCUGCACGUCGAUCUUCGAGGCUUUCACAGACUGGAGGCAGAAGCAGUUUCUAUAUGAGCACUUGCCAGGAUGAGCCAGACCCACAGGAAGACUGGACCCGGAUUGCUGAAUUACAGGCCAGGAACAAGACCUGCCCACCCCACCUCAAGACUUCCUACCCCCUGGAGUCCAAGCCGUCCCUCUUUAGCUCCACCCUUACUGAUGAAGAAGUCAAGCUGGGAGACCCUAAAGAGACCCUCAGGAGAGCCACCAUGCUGCCCAGCCAGAUUCAAGAUUCCACCACCAGCACCCGCAGACUGACCUUGGCUGGCUCAGGGGCAGAGCAUUUGAAAGGGCACGGCAUCAGCACCAGGCAGCAGAUGAAGCGUGUGUCAGAGGAAUCCCAUUAUGGUCCAGACACCCCAGAAGGCAAGAAGACGGCCACUUGCUUUCCUCGACCCAUGACCCCAAAGGAUAAACACGACGCUCGCAGAUUGUCCACUAUGGAAAGCAAAGCAAGCUCCAGCCACCAGCAGGUGCAGCCCACUCGCCGACAGACUUCAGCAUUUAGUAUUUUCAACACCCCCAAAAAGCUAGGCAGCAGCCUUCUGAAGAGAGGCCUCAACAAAAAAACAACUCCCAAAAACAGUCCCCGGGGGAGGGGAACAAACAGCAGCGCCAGCAGCACCUCCAGCAAAUCCCCGCACCUCUCUCUCCGCAAAUCCCCCAGCAGACGUUCUCCGAGGGUCUCCACGGCAAAGUCCCCCAAAGCUUCAAACAAGGUGGGACAGGAGGAGCAGAUACAGUUUUUUGAGCGCAAGCAGCAGAGGAACAAGUAGAGGGAGGAGCCUUUGUAUCUAUACCGCGUUUAACCCACGGACUUCCAGAAGGAUUGGAACAGGGUGGGGCAGCAUCAGACAUUGGGAGAGAGAUAUAUAUAUAUAUAUAUAUUCAUGCCUUUUGCCGCUUUUGGGCUCAUCCUCAUGAUUUUGCCGAUGAAUGCCCAGAUUUGAAAUUUUUCUUUUCUUUAAGCAAAACUUCCCAGGCCUGAAGGUUGCACACCUACCUACCUAACUACCCACCUACUCACCCACCUACCAUGGGGGCAGCUGCAGUGACUGCCCAUCAGCGCGAAGGCUUUGCCCAGGGCUCUAGACCAAAUGCAACGUCUGGAAUGUGAAUCCCAAGUGGAAGAUGGUGCAAUUGUAUUGGGAAUGCGCUGGACGAGCUGUAUUUGCAGAUGGUGGAUUGGUGCAUGGCUUGUGUGACUUGUGCUUAGGUUGCCAGCAGGGCAGUCAUUUUCUGUUGCCCAGAUGGGUAAGCAAAUUCCUUUAGUGCCUUAUAGUUUUGUCUCAGUAAUGUAGUUUAUUUAUUAUGAAUAUAAGCACCCCACCCAUUCUAGCCCAAUGCCUCUCUAAUACAGUCACCUGCAAAGGAAAGAACUUGCCCCCCAACUUGCCUUUCAUUGGCCACUCUGCCCACGCACAUCCUCAGUGGCAGCUUCAGUUCAGGCUCAGUAGUUGUGUAAUCAUGAGCCAGUGCUCGGUCAUUCUUCUCUCUGCUGUGGCGCCGCCCUGGUGGGCUUGUCUGUGUAACACAGUAUAAAAUACACACACACAGAAAGAAGGGAAGCCCCUUUAAGUUUGGAUUCUCUCGUGUCCCCUCCCAAUACAUUCAGCUUUUUAAUUCUUAUUUUAUGAAUGUUUGUGUUUUAACCCUUUCGCCUCCGUGUAUAUGUUGUGCAGGGCGAGCUCCUACGCCGAUGCUGCUCUCUUGCUGUGUGCGUUUAUUUUAUAUGAAUACCUGUAAAUCUGUAUUGUACUCUUUGUUCUGCGAUGUCAUUGGUUAAUGAGGCAGGUGGAUGUGGCAAGACGUUGCCUUUUCUGCUCCCCCCAUACUGCCAGUGGAUUGUCCCAGUUUAGUGGUAUCAGAUAGGCAGUGUAUAUCCAUGAUGACUGUGCAUGGGGGGGCCAGACACUGCACACUUUCCCUCCCGGGGGUGGAGCCUGGGAUAUCACAUAAGCCCCUCCUAGAAAUGGAGCCACAGAUAUUUUACUUACUUCCACUUCCCAAACUGGUAGAUUGGCAGGUGCCGUUGGCUCAGCAGCCGUUCCGUCCCUGUGAGUGAGCGAGUGAGUGUGUGAGAGCAAGUGUGAGUGAGUGUUGGGUAUUGGCCAGGGCACAUGUUGCCCAUGGGUGAAUACAAAGGGAAGCCUAUCAGUGUGUAAUGGACACGUAUGUUACACAGGUAGUUUAGUCUCACAUACAUUGGCCAUUGCUCCGUCCUUGUGUAACUGGCAUGGCUUCUACCUGUGCCCUCUGUCCCAUUCGCUGUGCCUUCUUCUCUUGUGCUUUGUAAAUAAAGUUCUCUCACUUGUA